CAAUGUUUACAUUAAUUAGCUAUGUACACAGGGAUGCUGUAAGAUGGUGUCAUUCAGUUGUCACGAAAAACUAUUGAUCGUACAUUCUUUCAUUCUAUGAUGGAUAGUGCUCAGCUUAAAAUGAACAAAGUGGAGAAGGUAGCAGAGUCAUUCUGUGCCAUGGAGAAAUUUGAGAUAAAAAUAGAACGUCCGAAGCCAAGCCCUCUGGACGAGUUGAUAGAGCUACUUCGGAAACUACUACGAUGUUGCUUGAACUUUUUGACCUGCGGUUGUUAUAACGGCAACGAAUCUAGUCGAAGGUCGAGCAUUUUUAAUGGCGAUACAGAGUUCAGCUCGAUGCUUCUCGACAACGAACGACAGGCUGUGCAGAAUUUACUGCUAUAUUUGGAAGACGAGGAAACCAAGACUCCAGUGCUGGAUGAGCAUCACACGAGGGCCCUCGGCAUUCUCACGUACUCCGAUAACAUGGAACUGCAAAAGUCUGCUGCUCUGUGUUAUAGUGAAAUCAGCGGGAAAAUGAAGGUCCCUAUUUCCAAUGCUCUGGCCACUCCGCUGGUGGCGUUACUGCGGUCCCCACACUGCGUCGUUCAGAAGCUGUCCUCUCUCGCAAUCAGCAACUUUGUUCUCAACGGGCCUGCCAUCAAUCGUGUGACGCUGGUUGAGGCAGGUGCCCUUAAGGAUCUCAUCCCGUUACUGUACAGUGAUAACGUGGAGGUCCAGUGCAAUGCUAGCGGCUGUAUCACCACACUGGCAACCACAGAUGCAGCCAAGAGGCUAGUGUCGAUGGAGAAUGGUAUACCAGCCUUGCUCCUGUUGGUACAGUCUGCAGACAUCAGGGUGCAGAGGAAUGCUGCUGGGGCUAUUCUCAACCUUACACACAUAGAGGAGAAUCGAAGUGAUCUAGUGGUAGAUGGCGCCAUACCAAUACUCAUAGCCGCGCUCCAGUCCACUUUCGACCACGACGUGCAAUACUAUUGUUGUGCCGCCCUCAGUAACCUGGCGAUUAUAGAGAAACACCGGAUAAUGAUGGUUGCCGUGGGUUACAAUGAUGUCAUUAUUCUCAUGAUACGACUGCUGGCGUCGAAAUUCGAGCGAAUAAAGUGCCAAGCAUGUUUUGUCCUGAGGAAUUUAGCUUCUGAUGUUGAACACCAGAGCUUGAUUGUGCAAUAUAAAGCCCUGCCGGCUCUACACCGGUGUCUCAAGCAUUCCCGUAAAGAAACGAGGUCUGCAGCCAUAGCCUGUCUACGUAACCUCUCGAUACACAAGUCUAAUGAGGGAGCCAUUCUGUGCAGUGAAAUCCUCAAGGACCUGUUUGAUGUUUUAUGCGAUGGUGCAGUACCAGAAGCACAGCGACAUGCGGCGGGUACCAUUCGUAAUCUGGCAGUUGGAGAGCAUGUCAAGGAAUUGACAGACCUUGGCUGCCUUGACCGGCUGGGAACAGUAUUACUGGAUAUUGAGACCAGUCAUGCAGUAUUAACAGAGGUGACUGCGGCAUUGGCAGUGAUGACGGAUGAGGACCAGGUAAAGCACCGACUCAUGGUGAUGAAUGAGGGCAAGGUGUUUGUGAAGUUGGUCACCAUGGUGACACUCUCGACCAAUCAGGAAGUGCAAUAUAACAGUGCAGGGAUCCUGGGACAGUUAGCUAUGAUAGAUAUCCCUUCUCCACUGAAGUCAAACAAUCUAAAGGGAAUUCUUCUGUUUGUUGACAAGUUUUUGAAGUCUUCAGAUUCAAGCUUUGUACACAUUGGUCUUUGGACUUUACUGCAGUUACUUAAAGACGAGUUUUUCCUGCAAGCGUUCAGAGACCAUGCAAUAGACCAAGUAGUCAAAAAGCUCACAGUUCAGGUUUUCCCUGCGUCCAUUUUGGAGCUGGCUACUAAAGUCCUACAUCGGCUCAGUGGAAGUCCAGACUCUUCGGCUUCAAGCAGUGAUUGAGCAAUCAAAUGAGCCUCGCUUUGGGAAAACGGGGCUUAAUGCGUGUGCGAAGUGUGUCGUCCCAUAUUAGCCUGUGCAGAAUGCAAAGGUUUAUCAGGAGAUACACUUGGUUUAUUAUUCAACUGCGAAAACGUGUUUAUUUAUUGUUAGCUAAAUAAAUAUUUUAACAUGCUUGGGAAGUAAUUUUAUUUAUUCUUAGUGGAGUGAUUAUAGAUCAUUUACAUUUUAUCAAAGUAAUAUUGAUUUAUUUUUAGAUGAAAGAAAUUUAUAUACUUAAGAAGAAAUUGUUAUUUAUUAUUAGCUAAAAGAACAUUCACCACUAAUCAAAGUAAUGAUUAUUUAUGUAUGACUCGAGGAGCAUUUACCUGCUAUUAAAGAAAUGUUUUAUUUAUUUUAACUUUUUCAGUGCUGGAACCGAAUUUUGAAGGCCUUUGCAAACAGUUUGGUCCAGAUGAGACGCCACAAAACGUGGCGUCUCAUCAGGAUUCAAACUGUUUGCUAUUCUGAUAAUUUUACUUUGAAAAAAUUCGAAGAAAAUGCUAAUUUUAGAAAUUCAGCAGACGACAUUUUAGCAGACAACAAAUUUCCCAGCAUGCAAAGGUUUAAGCUUAACCUACAGUAUGUAACAUUCACCAACUAUCAAAAACACCUUUACGUAUUUUUAUCUGAAUUAAAAUUCUUCUGCUAGCAAAGAAAUGUGUAUUUACAUUCACUUGCUAAUGUUAAAAUGUUUAUUUAUUUUUAGCUGAAAGAAACUUCGUUUUAAACAAUCUCCUGAUUUGGUUUGAUGACGCAUUCAGCUGACAUUAUACUUGAUAUUUGCAUACUUUCUUUUACAACGUAUUUGUGAUACAAUUUGCUUCUUGCAUGGCUUUAGUUGAUUGUUCAUGAAAGAAAUAUGAACUUUGAUGUAUAAAUCAUUUACACUGAUUUUGCACGUUUAUUCGUAGCAAAAAUAUUAACAUCAAUAAACAUCAACAACAUUGAAUUGAAAAUAUAGUAAGUCAAGUAGAAAUUUAUAUCAUAAAUCCAUAUCAAGUUGUUGAACUUAUUUAGCAAUAACUUUAGAAUACCAUGAUUGCUAUAAUUAAAACUGUCAAUAUGUUUGGAAAAGAAUAUGGUAGAAGGGGAUUUCAGAUGGUUUUAAUGAUCUGAACUUAAUAGGUAACCUCAGGUUAUAUUUAUGUAAAAUGUUUUUAAAUAAUUUGGUAAAUACAUAAUUAUCGGUUGUGAAAGGAUGUUUCUUUCAUAGCUUCUGCACGGUGAUUUAAUUGGCUUAAAAAAAACUACUGUAUACAAAUUAAGUCUUGGUUAUGGUGAGCAUUUAGUGUUUUAUAUGCGACAUUUUUAUUGAUCACAAUCAAGGUAAUAAUUAUUCUCUCCCAUUCCUGCCACUAUUUACAUUUACACUUUGUAUUUGAUUUUACACAUGUUUUUUUUACCUUUUAUAUGCGAUUUUUUUAUUACAAAGGGCAUUAUUGUUUGUACUGGUGUUUGGAUUUCUGUUGUAUGAUAUGGUGUUGUGAUUACCUGGUCUUAAAUAUAGGGCAUAUCGUAGGGGUUGUAUACGAAUUCAUUGUGAAGUGCUUGUUUUAUCACAUUGUUUCUAGGUUUAAUGAUAAUGAUUUCAAGAUUUAAAUGUGCAUGUUUCUACUCUACGAUGUAAUGUACUAUUAAGUAUGCAAAAACUGAUAUUAGAUUGUUUACAUAUUCUACGUACAUUAUAAAUUUUCUCUUACUAAACUCUGUUUUGUACUGUUUGUUUUUAUUAACAUAUUUUUCUUUUAAUUCGUAUUUUUAUAAAUAUGAAAGUAAAAUGACUAUGCAUUUAUCAGCCUGAACACUUUAAAUCUUCGUGUUUUUUAUCCAUUUUUGAAGUACUACAGUACACGGCUUCUAUUCGAAUGUGAACGGUUUUACAGUUAAUGCAAUGUUUCUUUUGGUAUAUACAUUAAUUUGUCAAUGACAUCUCAGGAAAAGAAUUGUGAAGUGUUUUACAAUGCCAUUUGUAGCAGUUUAUAUACAUUGACGUGUGUUUUAAUACUGUUAGUGUAGGUACAUGUAAUACAGUAUGUAAGUAUAUAUUUGGUGUUGUUUUGAUAAAGUUAGAUAUAGUUGUUGUGGUCUUAUUUAUUGUAAAGUCGUAGUUGUGAACAACUUUAAAAGAGAUGGUAUGUUUUUAUACGCCCAUUUAAAAAAAAGGGAUGUAUUAUAGUUUCACCUUUGCGGCGGGCGUGCGGCGUCCACAGCAGUUUCCGCUCUCUAAUUAAAAUAGUUUUUAUCCGAUCUUCACCAAACUUGGUCAGAAGUUGUAUCUAGACAAUAUCUAGGUAAAGUUCGAAUAUGGGUCAUGCUGGGAAAAAAACUAGGUCACAUGGUCACUUAGUGCAUUUCAAGCAUUUAGCAUUGUCUCUGCUCUCUAAUUAUGCCCCCUUUCGAAGAAAAGGGGGCAUAUAGUGAUCGGACUGUCAGUCUGUCUGUCUUUCUGUCACACUUUGCGUUUAGGUUUCAAAAAAAACUCAUAACUUCUAUGUCCCUUGAGAUAUAACCUUCAUAUUUGGUAUGCAUGUGUAUAUGGACAAGGCCUUUCCAUACGCACACAAAUUUUUACCCCUGUGACCUUGAACUUAGGGUCCGCGUUUAGGUUUCGAAAUCUGCGUUUAGGGUUCAAAAAAUUCUUAUUACUUCUAUGUCCCUUGAGAUAUAACCUUCCUAUUUGGUAUGCAUGUGUAUAUGGACAAGGCCUUUCCAUACGCACACAAAUUUUUACCCCUGUUACCUUGACCUUGAACUUAGGGUCCACAUUUAGGUUUCAAAAUCUGCGUUUAGGUUUCAAAAAAUGCUCAUAAAUUCUAUGUCCCUUGAGAUAUAACUUCAUAUUUGGUAUGCAUGUGUGUAUGGACAAGGCCUUUCCAUACGCACACAAAUUUUGACCCCUGUGACCUUGACCUUGAACUUAGGGUCCGCGGUUAGGUUUUGAAAUCUGCGUUUAGGUUUCAAAAAAGCCCAUAACUUUUAUGUCCCUUGAGAUAUAACCUUCAUAUUUGGUAUGCAUGUGUACAUGGACAAGGCCUUUCCAUACGCACAAAAAAUUUGACCCCUGUGACCUUGACCUUGAAGUUUGGGUCUGCGUUUAGGUUUCGAAAUAUGCGUUUAGGUUUUGAAAAAUGCUCAUAACUUCUAUGUCCCUUGAGAUAUAACCUUUAUAUAUGGUAUGCAUGUGUAUAUGGACAAGGCCUUUCCAUACGCACACAAAGUUUGACCCCUGUGACCUUCACCUUGAACUUAGGGUCCGCAUUUAGUUUUCGAAAUCUGCGUUUAGGUUUUGAAAAAAGCUCAUAACUUCUAUCAAGCGCUUAUAGGGGGCAUAAGUCAUCCUAUGGUGACAGCUCUUGUUGAAGUAGUUUUCAUCCGAUCUUCACCAAACUUGGUCAGAAGUUGUAUCUGGACAAUAUCUAGGUUAAGUUCGAAUAUGGGUCAUGCUGGGUCAAAAACUAGGUCACGGGGUCACUAAGUGCAUUUCAAGCAUUUAGCAUGGUGUCCGCUCUCUAAUUGAAGUAGUUUUAAUCCGAUAAUCGCCAAAAUUGGUCAGAAGUUGUAUCUAGACAAUAUUUAGGUCAAGUUCGAAUAUUGGUUAUGCCGGGUCAAAAACUAGGUCACAGGGUCACUUAAACCAUUUCAAGCAUUUAGCAUGGUGUCCACUUUCUAAUUGAAGUAGUUUUCAUCCGAUCUUCACCACAUUUGGUCAGAAGUUGUGUCUAGACAAUAUCUACAUGUUGGUCAAGUUCAAAUAUGGGUCAUGCCAGGUUAAAAACUAGGUCAUGAGGUCACUUAGUUCACUUCAAGCAUUUAGCAUGGUGUCCGCUCUCUAAUUGAAGUAGUUUUCAUCAGACUUUCACCAACUUUGGUCAGAAGUUGUGUCUAGAUGAUAUGUAGGUCAAGUUCAAAUAUGGGUCAUGGUCAAGUUAUCAAGUUGUCAAAAGCCUUAAAACGGGCGUAUCUUGUGACUGUUUGGCACUCUUGUUAAAAUCUGGUGUUGUGAACGAUGACUGUUAUCGAACAUGGUAAAAUGUUGUUGUAUUAUUUAUUAUGUAUGUACUAUGGUUGCAGUAAGCCGUGUUGUAUUUUAGUAUUUAUGAGCACAUUGCAUGUGUUUAUAUUUAUGUACUUUUUGAAGGUCCAACAAUAAACAUUCCCUUGUGUGAAAUGUUGUUUUGUACCUUAGUUUGAUUCUUCACACAUGUAACUGUUAAAGCUGGUUUUAUGAUAAGCAAGCUGUUCAAUACAUGUAACUCUGGGCCAUGUCUUUUAAUAAAGAAAUCACAUUCACGUGUGCAUAUAUGGUAAGAUGGGACAUAAUUUUAUAGAAAAACGGUUAUGUUUAUGAUCAGUAAAUUAUGAAAUGAAGGAAAUAAAUGCGUUUUAUCUCGA